AUGGAUUUGAUCAUUGCUCUGAGUUUGUUCCUGUCAACGGUUGAAGCCAAACACUACAGUCCAUUCCAUCAGUAUCAAACUGGACUUGGUGCACAACCCGAGCAAAGAAAGCCCACCAGCAGGCACCAGAACCACUGUGCCUACGUCACAGAAAGGACAGUGUCCUUCACUGUGCAGGACGGGGCGGCUCCGUUUGUAAAAGCUGAGUACAACAAGUGUUCCUGGAGCAGCAAGUGUCCAUCUCUUGUGUAUCGGUUGCUGUACAAACCAGUUUACAAAGUGGAUCAGAAAACGGUCACAGAGCUGGAGUGGCGUUGUUGUCCUGGUUAUUCUGGCUAUGACUGUAUGGAGCAGCGUCCAAUGUACCAGCAUCUCAUGAGAAUGAUGCCACCAUUCAAGGCUCCACCGAUGAAAGGUCCACAGUUUGAGGGGCCGCAGCAUCACGGUCCAAUGUUUAAGGGUCCAUCUGUUAAUUCUCCUGUGAAAGCCAACCAGUGGAGGCAACCAAAGGGACCUACCAACAGUUUAAACUCUUACCCAGUGCCUCACUUUGGGCUACCAAGGUUCUUCUCAUACCCCGAGACAUCCUUUGAGAAUUAUCCAACUGAACCCGAGUCGGUGCCAGAGCACCAAGACCCACUUCUCCCAGUUAUCAACCAAGAACAUGAACAUGAGCACAACCAGGACCCUGAGGAAAUAAUUCCAGAGGAGAUCCUUGCUCCUCCUCCUCCAGAGGGGGAGAACACAGGCCAACUUCUCAAUGGUGAAACACAAGAGAGGAUAUUCCGGAUGGAAGAGGACAUGCACCGUUUAAGUCAGGGUCUGGACACCCUGAGGGGAACUGUGACAGGACUGGAGGAUAGCCUCAGAGCCUCACUAAGAGAGGAUGCCAGCAGGAUGCUAUCAGCGCUUCUUUCUGCUGCUCCUGGUCCCAUUACUGCUCCAGCUACAGCAUCAAACCCAUUUACUGUAGGGUUUGUUGAAAUUCCUGGAGGAGACCCUGACACAGAGGGUUUAGAUGGAAGUCAUGUGUUUUCUGGCCUCACUGUGCUAAAUGGAAGAGUGGAAGAGCUCAGGGCAGAGCUGCAAACCAAAACCAAAGAGCUGCAGGAGCUGAAAGCAACAGUGAUGAGACAUGAUGGAGUACUGAAGAAAAUUUCUAAUGGAGCAGGAGUGGUGUCAGACUCCACUGCCCAAACUGGGGGAACUGCAGAGAAGCUGAUGGAUGCCAGACUGAGUGAAAUCAGGGUAGAAAUUCUGGAUGGGCUGGAGAAGCGUGUGCAGAGUGCAGAGGAACGAUGCAAGGAGAAAGCUGGAAAUGAGCGCCAUCAGUGCCAGAAAGAGCAUCGACAGCAGCAGGAGCACAUGAGAGACGCACUGGAAGAAAGCACGACAAAGCUGAGAAGCAAACUGGGAUCCCUCCAGGCUCUGAUCCAUGGUUUACCAACCACAGAGGAGUGCUGUGGUCGAAUGAGUGGACUGGAAGAAAGAGUUGAGCUUCUGGAGACGUCAGUGACGAACCUCAACCAGUCCCAGGGACACCUGAGAGUGCAGCUUGGUCGUCACAAGGACCACAUAGAUGGAAUGCUGGAAGGACGUUUGAAAUAUGUCGAAUCCAAGCUCAACCUGACCGGGAAGAAUAAAAGUGAUAAGUCUGAAAGGAGGAAAGGUAUUUUAAAUAGCAUUGUGGGGGGGCAGGCCUUGGAGGCCAGAAUGGAGGAUAAACUAAGAGCCCUUGAGGACCGUUUCCUGUCAGCUUUGGAAGAGCUUGGUAAUGCCACUGCCCCCACCCUGCUGGAGGGCCACGCCAUUCCAGCAUUAGAAACAGAGCUGGAGUCUCUCCGAGGGAGGCUGGAGCUGGACGUGGACCGAGUGCAACAACACGUCAGCAACCUCGAGCUUCUCUGCUCCUCUUCCUGCUCUUCGGCACAAGACUGUAACACUCAAGGGGACUCAGCUGGGCCUGGUGAAACCCAAACACUGGAACAGAAGGUGAAGGAGGUUCUGGACAUGCAGAGUGAUCAUUUGAAUAGUCUCAACAUUACACUGCAGAACAUCCUGAAGAACCUGACCCUCAGGGAGAAGCAGGUACAAGCAGUUGGACAUUUUCCACUACAGGCAGAGCUAACUGUCCUGAAGUUCAGUGUUCGCUCAGUCAACCACACCCUGACUAACCUGCAGGACUCCAUGGGAACAGUGGUGCAUCAGGUGGGAGAAGCUAACAGCUCCUGGCAUGAGAGAGAGGUCCGGCUGGCCCAUCAAAUAAAGGGCGUGGUCCAGCUGGUUGGACAUCAGGCCUCCAUGCUUGGGGCAGGUGAGCGCAAACUGACUCGACUUAAAGGUGAGCUGCAGGAGGUGAAGAGGCGGCUAACUGAGGAGGUCAGAGGAUGCCGAAGUACGGCCCUGGGGGUCAAAAGAGAGGUAACUGAGGUUGGCGGGCGUGUGUCAAGUGUGGAAGAUCAGUGUAAAGGCUUGAAUUACUUGGCAGAAGACUUGGAGAGGGUCAGGGAGGAGCUGGAGAAACAAUCAACCAACCUUCUCCUUCAAGUGAAUGGCACUCUCUCCAGCCAUGCUCAGCAGCUGUCUGAGCUGAAAGGAGGACUCAGGAACUGCACCUCGAAGGUAGAGCCGCCGCAGGGUUUAGACGUGAAGCCAGCAGUGACACGAGGCGACACAUUCACGCUCAACUAA